AUGGAUCGAAACCAUGUACUUGUAGUUGUUAAAGUGUUGAAAUCUUAUAUCGACUUGCUCAUACUUUUGGUCAAUUUUGCAAAUUGGUUAAUUGAAUAUGAACAAAGACAAGAUUGGAGGAGAAGUUUAAGGCAAAGAACAUUCACUAGAUUACAAAUUAGAUCGAUAGAAAUCCAACGCAUCACACGUGAAAGUGACAUUAUUUGUGUGAAUGAGUUGCGAAUGGAUAAGAAUGCAUUUUCUAUUUUGUGUGAGUUGCUAAAAACACGGGGUGGACUAUUAGAUGAUGGUAACGUGACAAUUGAAGAACAAGUUGCUACAUUUGUAAACAUUUUAGCACAUCACACCAAAAAUAGAUGUCUUCAAGUUAGAGUUUAUAGGUCGGGGGAAACAAUUAGUAGGUAUGUUCAUCGAGUUUUAAGUGCUUUGUUGCGAUUGCAAGACAUUUUGUUUAGCAAACAAACUCCGGUAGAGGAUGAUUGUACCGACAGAAGAUGGAAGUGGUUUAAGGGUUGUCUAGGAGCAAUAGAUGGAACAUACAUUGAAGUGAUUGUACCUGAGUCCGGUAAACCACGAUACCGAACAAGAAAGGGUCAUAUUGCGAUUAAUGUAUUAGAAAGGUGUUUCGGUAUUUUGAAGAAGCGUUGGGCCAUAUUACGAAGUCCUUUCUAUCCAAUAAAACUUCAAGGAAGGAUGGUCAUAGCAUAUGCUUUGCUACAUAAUUUUAUUAGGAUGUACAUGGUUCUUGAUCCGAAAGAAAACACGACACUUACACUAGAAGAUAUGCCUAUAGGGGAAGAGCAAGUKGAAUCCAACGAUGAUGUUGAAUCUAUUGAUGUUGUUGAAUCGAGCAAUGAGUGGACUCAAUGGAGAGAUGACAUAGCHYAAGAGAUGUUUGAGUCGUGGAUGUCAACCGCCGGUGGUAAGAGUGAUAAUGGGUGUUUUCGGACCGACUCGUAUGAGCAAAUUGUUUUAAAGAUGCGUGAAAAGAUUUCGGGCCUUAAUAUAACAUCAAAACACAUCCAAAACAAAAUGAAGAGGCUCAAGGAUAAGUAUUCAGCAGCUUAUGACAUGCUGAAUACAAGUGGAUUCGGUUGGGAUGAUGCACAUCAAUGCGUAACAGUGGAUGCUCAAGUUUUAGAGGAAUACUUAAAGAAACUUCCAAGCAAAAAUUAUAUUGCCAACAAGCCGUUUCCUCAAUAUGAACGACUGAAAACAAUAUUUGGAAAAGAUCGAGCCACAUGA